ACGUGUGAGAUUUUUGGGGCCAGUGGUCUGGUGUUGGGCAGUCUUCACCACGUCCGUGAUAAACACUUCCAGGCCCUGAGUGUCUCCUCUGAGCUAUGGCUCCCCCUACUGGAGGUAGGUAACAAAACUUUUCGCCUCUCCCGAGUCCAUGCGGGAGUUGCAGCGAUGGGACAAGACUGUAACUACCAAGUGGAUAUUACAGAAUUGGGGAGAAAAAGGCGUACUGUGUUCAGCUCACUUUUUAUUCAGUUAAAAAGUGUAACUUUAACAUCAUAUAUUUGUGUCUCUACCAGGUGAAGCCAGUAGAAUUAGCUGACUUCCUGCAGCUGAAGAAGAGAGAGGGCUACUGCAUUGUGGGAGUGGAGCAGACAGCCAAUAGCCAGAGUCUACAGGACUACAGGUUCUCUGAGAAGACUCUGUUACUGCUGGGGUAAAACCACAACGCUUCAUCACUGCAUAAAGCUCACUAUCCUGUAUGACAGCAGAGUACAUUGUCAUGUCCAGUUGUAUAUAACUUUGUCAUAUUAUAAGUAUUUUCUGCUUCAACCCAAGCCAUGACAUGAAAUGCAAUUAUCCUGUGUUCACUAACAGUAAAACCAUACAAAUGAACAAUCAAUGCAUUACAUACUUAUUGCACAUCAAUUCAUUGACUUUACUAUAUAAACACACAUGUACAUACACAGCCAUGGCCGGGACUAUCUCACGGGUCAUGGAGGAAGCUGACAAAGCUCUUUAAUGGAAUCUCACUAAUUGAGUGAGUGUUCCCCUGGGCCCCUAGCAGGUAGGCACACUCACACACACACACACACACACACACACACACACACACACACACACACACACACACACACAGCUCUGCUUCCUGCUGCAGUGAGAAGACCUGCCCAGACAUGCUGGUCUCUAAUGGGUCCUCUGUGGAGGGAAGAACAGGAAACACACACACACACACACACUACAGCCGUGUCUCACUGACACACACACACACACACACACACACUACAGCCGUGUCUCACUGACACACACACACUACAGCCGUGUCUCACUGACACACACAUACACACACACACUACAGCCGUGUCUCACUGACACACACACACACACACUACAGCCGUGUCUCACUGACACACACACACACACACACACACACUACAGCCGUGUCUCACUGACACACACACACACACACACACUACAGCCGUGUCUCACUGACACACACACACACACACACACACUACAGCCGUGUCUCACUGACACACACAUACACACACUACAGCCGUGUCUCACUGACACACACAUACACACAAGCUACAGAAUGAUGUUUCACCAAUAGACACACAUCGUUCAGUAAUACACAUGGUUUUUCUCUCUACUCUGUGUACCGUCUCUCUGUUAGUCUGUUAUUGGAGGUUGAUCAUUCCUGGGUGGGGUGGUUGAGCUUGGUCAAACAUACAGGGCUUGUUUAAGCAGAGAGGGCUGGAGGAGAGCUGCUAUUUGUAAUGGACACAACAAGGCAAAGUAUAUUUUACACUCAGUCAACACACACACAAACACACACACAGCCAUUAGUCAGUGAACACUCCAGCUGUGCGUGUUCCAGCACAGUAGGGUCCUUGUUUAAUCUAACCCAUUACAACCAUAUUAUCUCUAUCUGUCUCUGUCAUAUUGUUCACAGCAGGCCAGGGUAAAUGUUCUGUAGAUCAGUGACUAAGGCCAGAAUUCAACCGCAUCGGCCCUUUUCAGCUAUGCACCUAUUAAAGGCAAUGUUCCCCCAUUUGCGGAGACCACAUUGUAGGUAACCACUGCAUAUGUCGGCUCAAUUGGAAAUUACCUUUAAAUGUCAGUCGCGUUAUAAGGUGGAUCUAACGCGGAUCUAAAUGAACUUCGUCCUUACACUAUAGAAAUAGAAUGACGUUGACUUGAAUGGGAAUGUCCAGUGUUCUAGUCGUUCUGUUUCUAUGGACCAACAUCCUAUCUCGUCUCCUAGCACCAUGUUCCAUAUUUCUCCUGUCUAUUUAUUCACCUUUUUAUUUAUUCUUUCUUUCUCUCAUUCCCCUCCCUCCCUCCCUCCUCCCUCCUCCUCCUCCCUCCCUCCCUCCUCCUUCAGUAAUGAGCGUGAGGGUAUCCCAGCUAACCUGCUCCAGCUGUUGGACGUGUGUGUGGAGAUCCCUCAGCGAGGUGUCAUCCGUUCCCUCAACGUACACGUGAGCGCCGCCCUGCUGGUUUGGGAGUACACCCGCCAGUACCUCCCCCCUACUGGGGUGCAGUCAGACUGAAACAGGAAGGGACUACCUGGACUUGUCCGAGAAGAAACAAACGUUUUCACUCUGUUGCAAAACGUUUUGAAAUGUUUCCCGUUGCGUGCCCUAAUGAACACGACCCUAGUGUGGGUGUACACCCGCCAGUACUCCCCCCUACUGGCCCCACUGCAGAGGAGGGUGAAGUUGCCCCUUUACAUUUUAGUCAUUUAGCAGACACUCUUAUCCAGGAGUGAGUGCAUACAUUUUCGUACUGGUCCCCCGUGGGAAUCGAACCCACAACCCUGGCGUUGCAAGCGCCAUGCUGUACCAACUGAGCUACACAGGGCCUUUCCCCACUAAUGGUUAAGGUUAGAAUUGCGGCAGGGGAAGCUGAUCCUAUAUCUGUACCUACAGACAACUUCCCCCCAGACCUAGUGGAUCUGCUGGGGUGACUGACCCCUCUCUGUAACGCCCUGCUGGUGUGGGGGUACAUCCGCUACUGGCCCUGCUGCCUGGGUGACAUCUGAACCUGGAGCCGCUUUGUGAUAACUGCGGGGUGAAGUUGCCCCUAGGCACAGAUCUAGGAUCAGCUUGAAUGCCCUCCCAAAGUCCUAACCUUAACCAUUUGAGGGGAAAGCGAGCCACUGACCCAAUGGAAACCCAGUGUCUAGGGCCAACCUCACCCUACUUCAGGCCUCUGAGAUCACUGACCCAAUGGAAACCCAGUGUCUAGGGCCAACCUCACCCUACUUCAGGCCUCUGAGAUCACUGACCCAAUGGAAACCCAGUGUCUAGGGCCAACCUCACCCUACUUCAGGCCUCUGAGAUCUGGUCAUGGAAAGGAGACUAGGAGAGGAAGCGACCUCAGACUAUUGAGAUGCUGUUCCUACCAGAGAGUUUAUUGUUAUUGCCAAAGUCCCAUCUCAGGCAGGAGUCAGUCAUCAAAGGAGAAACCUUACUUACCUCUUCCAUAUGCUGUGAACAUAAGGUCACAGUUUCUGUUUGUAGGAUUUUAAAAUUCAUUUUAUCCUACUUUUAUCCAUUAAAAUGCAGCCUUAACCCUCCGAUGGGCCAUAGAUGUAGAGAAUGGAUGUUAGUCUUAGAAGUGGUGAUUUUGUUAUUAGGUCUACAACCCAUCUCCUGAUCCAUCGUAUUUUAUUUCCGCUUUAGCCUUGGGUAGAUAUUACAUUAGAAUAUUCCAAUGCGUUAGCUGCGUGUCCUUUGGACAGGGUCAUGUUUGCGAGUGCUUUCCCGGUAAAGCAGCAGACACUUGAUUUUCCCCGAGUCUCAGUUUUUCCUCGUUUGUCAGCGUUAUCUGUGUGGCAGUAUUAUUAUUUUUUUCUUCUGUGUGGUAUUAAAUUGUACAUUGCUUUUUUUGGAGUGGAGAAAUUGUUGGAGAAAAUAAUGCAUAUUUUAAACAAAUAAAACAAUUGUUUCAUAAGAACUCAGUAAUUUUUUGUCACACACAUUUGGUUGAUUUAUGUUUUUCUUUACAAAACCAUGUUAUUUGUCAAAUAGGGCAGAAAGAACAUUAGCCCACAGUAGCCUACCGAAAGGUGCGGUGCGCCACGCCCAACUUUGAUCAAGAAUAACGUUGCGCAGGUGAAUGAACCACUGAGCGGUUCGGCGGAGACACUAGACCGAUAGAGGAGCGGAAACAAUGGAUAAUGAAAAGUAUUUACAUGAUCACUAAAAUGUAUGUCGUUUACCCUGUGUAGAAUUAAUAGCCUAUGGAUAUUUGGCGUCCAAAACUAUUUCCAACCAGUGUCAACAAAAAGUAUCAACUAGGCUACAUUGCACCAAAAAAGGAGAGGGUAGGCUAUGGAUCAGCUAGAUGGCGCAUGGCUGGAUCCAAGUGCCCCUUUACCGGAUGAGAUGCGGGUUUCAGUCCGGAAUGCGACGGCGGAGGCACGGCUCAACUUGUCUCCCCGAACUAAACUGAUUCUGGAGGUCCUGAUGGUGUUGAUGUGUCUCGGCGCAGUCACAGGUGUGUGUCAUCAUAACGGAGAUGUGCAACGACAACGAAAUGCAAGGAAAACCUUUAUUUUCAUACAGCUCAUGAAAAUAUACUUAAUCAUUUCUAAAAAGCGAAUCACUUUUUAAUUUUCACUGACUUUUCCAGUUCUAUGCAUGAUCUUCAUUGUAGCAUUAUCUGCCCCCUUAUGUUCCCCUCUGCCUACAAGAAAUGGGCUCCUAGAAUGGUUUCAGUUGAAAUGUUGGGUUUAGGAGGUCCUAAACCCUGAUUUGGAGAGCCUUUAUGCCUGUGUAAAACAAUCAAGGGGAAACGCUGGCGUGAUGCCUGCUGUGCAAAUCCCCGGCUGGGUGCUAUACAUUGGUGGCGAUGGCGCUCUGUGUGCUGUGCUUUCUUUUAGAAUGAUAAUGGCCAUGUUUGCGAUUAAAGCACCACAAGCAUCUAAAUAUUGUUUUUGAUAUUGCCUUAUUCUUUCAAUGGAUUUCGUAGCAAGGGCUUUUCUUACAAAAAUGCUUUGAAACCUCUACAGUAGACCUACUCUAAAACGUACUGUAUAAUUUAAAGCGGCAAUUAGCGUUUUCCCUGUUCCUCUUCAAAGCUGACGGCUGGGGCUGGAGAAAUAUAAACACUCUCAAAUUCAUCGACGUAGCUAUGGAUGCAAGGACUGACCAUCCAUGAGAUCAAAAUGAUAUUUGUAACCAUGUUGAGUCUAUAUAAUGUCUAUAUAAUGUCUUUACAUGUACUUUGUUCACAAACAUUGGAUUAAAACAAGCUUCUAUUUUGGGUUCUGAUGGGGUAUGACAGUUAAACUAAGCUCAUGUGGCAUUUAUAAGUUAUAUUCUUCAAGCGUCAGGGUACAUACAGGUAUAUGCCAAAUUAAUGGAAACACUUGAGUAAAUGAGGGAUACAAAGUGUAUUGAAAGCAGGUGCGUCCACACAGGUGUGGUUCCUGAGUUAAUUAAGCAGUGCUUCCACACAGGUGUGGUUCCUGAGUUAAUUUAGCAGCAUCAUGCUUAGGGUCAUGUAUAAAAAUGGCCAGUUGCCCAUUAUUUUGGCUACCAUGGUUAGGAGAGAUCUCAGUUGUGGUGGUGUCAGUCAGUUACCCACCCACCAACCAGAUCCCAACCCAAUUGAACACUUAUGGGAUAUUAUGGGGUGGCCCAACACCCUAUCAAGAUGCUUUAUGUUGGUGUUUCCUUUAUUUUGGCAGUUACCUGUAUGAUUAAUUUACAGAGGUGGGACUGAGUCACUAUUAUUCGAGUCACAAGCAAGUCUCAAGUCACAAGGUCCAAGUCUCAAGUUCAGUCACAAAUAGAACUGGUCGCAUCUGGAGUCAAGUCCAAGUCCUGCAUUGUAAGAACAAGUCAAGUCACACGUUUUUUUUUAAGUCAAGUAAAAUAAAAAAUCUAAAGAUGCAUUUUUUAUUUAACUAGGCAAGUCAAUUAAGAACAAAUUCUUAUUUUCAAUGACGGCCUACCCCGGCCAGACCCGGACGACGCUGGGCCAAUUGUGCGCUGCGCUAUGGGACUCCCAAUCACGGCCGGAUUGUGAUAUAGUCUGGAAUCGAACCAGGGUCUGUAGUGCCUUAGACCGCUGCGCCACUCGGGAUCAAAGACUUGCUCACCUAUAUUUAUUGAGGCUACCACACUGCCCUUUUCAUUAUUUUGUCUACAACACAUUUUGAUUAUGUAAUAAUGAAUUUGAACAACAAAUUCCAAAUGCAAGCUUCAUAAGUAAAGCAAUUUCGACAUACCAAAAGACCAGUAGGCCUAUGCUAGUAAUUGUGUUGCUUGAUGGCCCAUUGUUGGUGAGCUUGCAAAGUAAACAGUUCAUAUUCUUUUGGAGCUGCAUAUUUAUUUAUGGCAAUUCUCUCUCUACAAUUUGACGUUUGCCGGCACCCGAUCCUAUAGCUGUACAGCAAAUCAGCAAUCUGUUCGCUAGAUCAUUGUUUCUGAAACUUUGUGGCCCUUUGACCGCCAAAAAGGAGCGGUUCAACGCUCGCGAACUCUCGCGCACUCACUCACUCGCGAGCACAAUCUCUGCGCAAAUGUGUGAGCCUGUCAUUGCCAUAGAAAUAAGAAUUCAUACAGCCAUGAGAGGUUAUGCAUUUUCAAAACGCAAGACACAGAAAUAAACUGCGUUUCACAACUGCAUUUUGAGCUGAAAGUCAUUCAUGUCAGUCAAUAUCAACUAGGGAUAUCAUGUCACUUCUCAACUGUAUGCAGCGGAGGUUCAGCAUUCGCUAUAUGAAGUGGAGGUCGGAAAGCAGGGUCUGUCUGUCUAACAUUUUCCUUCCUCACAAAUAUCGUAAUUACUUCGCGAGCCUAUGUUACAUAUUCAUCCCAUAAAGGCAGUGCGAUGUUACAGCUAUCUUAAGACAUAUAGCCAGUACGCAGAACUGAUGUACUGUAUAUGUAACAGUUUUGCUUCCGUCCCUCUCCUCGCCCCGAACCAGGGACCCUCUGCACACAUCGACAACAGUCACCCUCGAAGCGCCGUUACCCGUCGCUCCACAAAAGCCGCGGCCCUUGCUGCGCAAGGGAAACAACUACUUCUAGGUCUCAGAGCGUGUGACGUCACCGAUUGAAACGCUACUAGCGCGCACCGCUAACUAGCUAGCCAUUUCACACCGGUUACAUAUAUAGCCUAAUUAACUCACCCAAACUAGGCCUAUCUGAAAUAUGAAAUUGCCAGGUAGCCUAUUGUUCUGGCAAAGAUGCGUCCGUAACAGAUUGCUGAACUGUAUAUGGAUAAUAUAAACGUAGGAUACUCUGUUUUUACCAGGCAAAACCGGAGAAGAUGAAACAAGUGAUUUUUGGUCACUUACCUGGAUAUGUGCAGCCACCUUUGCGCGCCAAUGCUGCUGACUGGUCAUUGGUCAACAGUCAACACGCACAACUUUUUGGUUCUGAAGCACAUAUUAGAUGUUUUUGAGAAAGGAAUUUGGUGUAAAUCCAUAGGCCUAUAUUGGUGACCAGAUCGAAUAGGCUUAGGUAUACAUAUAAAACAUACAGAUGGUAGGCUAUACCUAUACAAGGCUAUACAUUUUUGUCAUUAGCAGACGCUCUUAUCCAGAGCGAUUUACAGUUAGUGAAUGCAUACAUUUUAUUAUUUUUAUACUGGCCCCCCGUGGGAAACGAACCCACAUCCCUGCCGGCCAAACCCUCCCCUACUUUGGACGAAUUGUGCUCCGCCCAUUGGUCUCCCGGUCGCGACAGAGCCUGGACUCGAACCAGGAUCUCUAGUGGCACAGCUAGCACUGCGAUGCAGUGCCUUAGACCACUGCGCCACUCGGGACAUACAAUUUGUAUGAAAAAUGUUUUUCCCCCCAUUCAGUUUCACACUCUGACCACCAAAAACCUUCUCGCGACCGAUCGCCACUUUGAGAACCACUAGCUCACCCGACCUGUGUUGACUGACAGUUUGCUGGUCCAAUCAGAGGGCCAUGUGUGUGUUUCACUAGCAAUCUGUUGCACGUUUUUUUGCAAGCUAUUGUGUCUGUCUGCGUGGAGAAUAAUCCACCGAGACUCUGUGCCACAAAAGAAGUGACAAAACGUUACAAAACCUGGCCAGAUAAUUUCAAGGCAUCAGUCUCAACUCGAGUCCCAAGUCUUGAGGCUCCAAGCCCAAGUCAAGUCUCAAAUUAUUUUAUUUUAUGUCAAGUCUAGCCUCAAGUCAAAUUUCUGACUGGAGUCAGAUUCGAGUCCAAGUCAUGUGACUCGAGUCCACACUGUUAAUUUAUACAUCCAAAAAUGGCUGUAGCAACUGCAGAUUGCCCCUUUAAUGGAAAGGAUAAAUCCAUGUGACUAAUGCUGUCAUAUGAUGUGUGUCUGUAGGUAACAUCCUGGUGAUUGUGAUAGUGGCAGCCACCAAGACCUUCCACUGCGUGACAUCAGUGCUCAUUAUGAACCUGGCCAUCAGUGACCUGUUGGUCGGGGUUGGGGUCAUGCCCUUCAUAGCGCUCUCCAUCAUGAACAACGGAUGGGUCGACUGUACUGUAAGUCUGACCUGGGGCUUCUAUUCAUCUAUGUGUGUGGAUGGGUCGACUGGACUGUAAGUCUGACCUGGGGCUUCUAUUCAUCUAUGUGUGUGGAUGGGUCAACUGUACUGUAAGUCUGACCUGGGGCUUCUAUUCAUCUAUGUGUGUGGAUGGGUCGACUGGACUGUAAGUCUGACCCGGGGCUUCUAUUCAUCUAUGUGUGUGUGUGAGUGUGUGUGUCAUUGCUGUUAUAGUGCCUCUAAGCCGUCAUAUAGUUCAUCUGUAGUGUUUUAACUCGCAGUGUACCAUAACCCAGGGGUGGCAACCCUCCUAAUGGAGAGCUACUGGGUAUGCAGGCGGGUAGCUCUCCAGGAGCAGGGUUGUCAGGCGGGUAGCUCUCCAGGAGCAGGGUUGUCAGGCGGGUAGCUCUCCAGGAGCAGGGUUGUCAGGCGGGUAGCUCUCCAGGAGCAGGGUUGUCAGGCGGGUAGCUUUCCAGGAGCAGGGUUGUCAGGCGGGUAGCUCUCCAGGAGCAGGGUUGUCAGGCGGGUAGCUCUCCAGGAGCAGGGUUGUCAGGCGGGUAGCUCUCCAGGAGCAGGGUUGUCAGGCGGGUAGCUCUCCAGGAGCAGGGUUGUCAGGCGGGUAGCUCUCCAGGAGCAGGGUUGUCAGGCGGGUAGCUCUCCAGGAGCAGGGUUGUCGGGCGGGUAGCUCUCCAGGAGCAGGGUUGUCAGGCGGGUAGCUCUCCAGGAGCAGGGUUGUCAGGCGGGUAGCUCUCCAGCAGCAGGGUUGUCAGGCAAGUAGCUCUCCAGGAGCAGGGUUGUCAGUGAGUGCCCCUGCCAUAACACUAGUGUGUCUUUCAAACCUUUAUUUGAUCAUCUUUGUGUGAGAAAUGUGUCCCAUAACAGUGACUGGACUGGUUCAUCUCUUUCUCCCUACCUUCUGUCUGCUAGGACCUGUGUCUGUAUGUGGGGUACACCUCCUCAGUCUACUGUACUGCCUCAGUCCUGACCCUGGCAGCCAUCGCCCUGGACCGCUACCACUCUAUCAUGGACUGCCUGCGCUACAGGUCAUUCAAUGAUCCUGACCAACUACAAGACUAUACAGUGGGGGAAAAAAGUAUUUAGUCAGCCACCAAUUGUGCAAGUUCUCCCACUUAAAAAGAUGAGAGAGGCCUGUAAUUUUCAUCAUAGGUACACGUCAACUAUGACAGACAAAAUGAGAAAAAAAUAUCCAGAAAAUCACAUUGGAGGAUUUUUAAUGAAUUUAUUUGCAAAUUAUGGUGGAAAAUAAGUAUUUGGUCAAUAACAAAAUAUUCUCAAUACUUUGUUAUAUACCCUUUGUUGGCAAUGACACAGGUCAAACGUUUUCUGUAAGUCUUCACAAGGUUUUCACACAUUGUUGCUGGUAUUUUGGCCCAUUCCUCCAUGCAGAUCUCCUCUAGAGCAGUGAUGUUUUGGGGCUGUCGCUGGGCAACACAGACUUUCAACUCCCUCCAAAGAUUUUCUAAGGGGUUGAGAUCUGGAGACUGUCUAGGCCACUCCAGGACCUUGAAAUGCUUCUUACGAAGCCACUCCUUCGUUGCCCGGGCGGUGUGUUUGGGAUCAUUGUCAUGCUGAAAGACCCAGCCACGUUUCAUCUUCAAUGCUCUUGCUGAUGGAAGGAGGUUUUCACUCAAAAUCUCACGAUACAUGGCCCCAUUCAUUUUUUCCUUUACACGGAUCAGUCGUCCUGCAGAAAAACAGCCCCAAAACAUUAUGUUUCCACCCCCAUGCUUCACAGUAGGUAUGGUGUUCUUUGGAUGCAACUCAGCAUUCUUUGUCCUCCAAACACGACGAGUUGAGUUUUUACCAAAAAGUUCUAUUUUGGUUUCAUCUGACCAUAUGACAUUCUCCCAAUCCUCUUCUGGAUCAUCCAAAUGCACUCUAGCAAACUUCAGACGGGCCUGGACAUGUACUGGCUUAAGCAGGGGGACACGUCUGGAACUGCAGGAUUUGAGUCCCUGGCAGCGUAGUGUGUUACUGAUGGUAGGCUUUGUUACUUUGGUCCCAGCUUUCUGCAGGUCAUUCACUAGGUCCCCCCGUGUGGUUCUGGGAUUUUUGCUCACCGUUCUUGUGAUCAUUUUGACCCCACGGGGUGAGAUCUUGCGUGGAGCCCCAGAUUGAGGGAGAUUAUCAGUGGUCUUGUAUGUCUUCCAUUUCCUAAUAAUUGCUCCCACAGUUGAUUUCUUCAAACCAAGCUGCUUACCUAUUGCAGAUUCAGUCUUCCCAGCCUGGUGCAGGUCUACAAUUUUGUUUCUGGUGUCCUUUGACAGCUCUUUGGUCUUGGCCAUAGUGGAGUUUGGAGUGUGACUGUUUGAGGUUGUGGACAGGUGUCUUUUAUACUGAUAACAAGUUCAAACAGGUGCCAUUAAUACAGGUAACGAGUGGAGGACAGAGGAGCCUCUUAAAGAAGAAGUUACAGGUCUGUGAGAGCCAGAAAUCUUGCUUGUUUGUAGGUGACCAAAUACUUAUUUUCCACCAUAAUUUGCAAAUAAAUUCAUAAAAAAUCCUACAAUGUGAUUUUCUGGAAUUUUUUUUUCUCAAUUUGUCUGUCAUAGUUGACGUGUACCUAUGAUGAAAAUUACAGGCCUCUCUCAUCUUUUUAAGUGGGAGAACUUGCACAAUUGGUGGCUGACUAAAUACUUUUUUCCCCCACUGUACAUUUGAACCAACUAGAAUAGAUUCAGACAAUUGAUACAGUGUGAACACUUUCUGAAGGCACUGUACUACCAACUGAAGAUCUAGACCAAACAGAUCUAAACCUACCACAUCACAUUAUAGACUAUACAUCUAGAUUAGAAACAGUUCAAUCAAGUACAGACAUUUCCUUCAGAAAACGUAACUUUUCUAGUUCUUUGUAUUAUUAUUUCAGUUCCCACUGCACCCUGUGGAGGAAGUGUGCUGUGGUACUGUGGAUCUGGCUCCAAGCCCUGGUGACCAGCUGUCCUCCUCUGCUCGGCUGGAGCACUGUGUCCUACGUGGCUCCCAUGUACAGGUUGGUGUGGGUUCGAUUCCCGCUGGGGUCACAUAUACUAACGAUGUAUGCACUAAAAUGUACGUUUGCUUUGGAUGAAAGCAUGCAGUGCCCUUAUUAAUGUGUACUAUUUCCUGUAAGUACAGUGUAUCAAUAAUUGCUAUGACUCAUUCUUACAGUGUUGUGCAACAGUGAGAAAUUACAAUACUUGUUACACUGUACAGUACUUCCAGGACAUAUUACACAGUAAUAAGGUCCCUGUAAUGUAAACUCUCACCACGUACUAUUAUUUCAAUUUCAGCUGUGCGGUGAACUGGAAGAGCAGUCCCAGCUACACGUCCUUCAUGGCUGCCCUGUCCUUCCUCAUACCUGCUGCAGUCAUCCUCUUCUGUUACGUCAUCAUUGUCCGUGUAGCGCGGAGCCAUGCCAGGAGGAUCCACAACCUGGAGGACCAGCUCCAGAGAAACAGUGGGAUGUCGAGCUCCUCCUUUCCGACCAAGAGUACGUCUGAGCGGACUAGUCCGAGGUGUCUGGGUGCCCAUGGUCCUUCCACCGCCAGGCUGGUGUAUCAUCUGAGUGGGCGGUUUGUAUCGGAGACCCAUGGAGAGGUUGGGGACGGGGUUCCUUCAGGGUCAGACCCUACUGCUGAAGCUCCACAGACCUCCAGCCACCCAGGCUCUACCUCCAGCUCCAAUGCUGCAUCCCGGAGACCCUUCUCCUUCCUGACCCAACACGCCCCCCAUGGCCACUCCCAUCCGCCCCACCAGAACUCCAACUCCCAUCACCUCCAUCACCACGGGGUUGUACGUCUCUUCCUGGUUAUCUCUGCCUUCUUCCUGUGUUGGACUCCAUAUAUAGGCGUCGCGCUAGUCCAGGCCACGGAGACCGCCCUAGCGUGUCAGUCCUCCUUAGUCCCGCCCUCGGCCGUCACCUUCUCUUAUUGGCUGGUUCUGUUGAACUCAGACAUCAAUCCUCUGCUGUAUGCUCUGCUCAGUCAGCGGUUCCAGGGGGCUCUGCGGUGCCUGAAGCAGAAGAUCAGGGCGCGCCUGGGGGGGAACGUGGUGGGGAGGGGGGGAGGCAAGACCAGGGGGGAGGGAGACAGAGAAGAGGGGAGGAGCAGUGAACCUUGUGACCCAUGUACUCUGACUUCCCUCCAUCCCCACCCCCAGUGUCCCCACCCCCAUCCUGGCCUAGUAUGUCCUGGACCUGGGUCUGACAUCCACAACCCACUUGCAGGAGACGGGCUGAGACGGGCCUACUGCUCUUCGGUCUUCACGGUCGACUCCAACUUUGCGGACAGCUCCAGGGAGCGUGUGUGUGGUGUGUUCCGCCCCGGUAGCACCACCUCUUUCUCCACCUCCUCUGGAUACUCCUCCUCCUGCUCCCUGUGGCAGGACUCAGUAGGAGGAGGUGGGGAGAGGAGUUCAAACAGAAGGUUGGAGUGCCUGCAGGUCCCCACCAGGACACCAGAGGGCAGCAGCCUGCCGUUCUCUGCAGCCACCACAGACAGACAGGCAACCUUCUUCUAUGGACAGAUCACAUUGAGGGUAGAGCAUGAUGUAUGCUAGUCAGAACAGAUUAAGAUCUGUAUGAACCAUCGACCUGCUGUUGUGCCCUUGAGCAAGGCACUUAACCCCUCCAGGGGUGCUGUACUAUGACUUACCCUGCGCUCCAUUCUCAGAGGGUAUGGGGUAAAACAGAAGACUAAGGGCUCUAUUCAAUCAGAUCCACUUUAGCCAACAUCAGCAUAGCAGUUGUUUUGAUGGUGUUGGAGGUGGAACUGCGUUAGAACUUUCAAAUCCACAAGUGGCUCCCGGCAUUACACCUAAAGCAGACACGGAGUCUGAUUAACAGAAAUCCCAUGCAGACUUGUUUACUGUUAACCAGUUGGAACACUGGAAUAUGAGAUGUAAUCUACACCUUCAUUAGGAUGAUAGAAAUCUUCAUGAUUUUAUUUAAUGUUUUAUCAAUUUGAACAUAAUUAUUUCUGAAUAGCCUAAACUUUCUCUUUCUGAACUUCUAACGUGAGUGGGGCUGGUGUGGCUUCUAGACAAGCAGCUGCUCACCUAUUUGACAGCUCCAAUGCAGUUCCACCGCCAAAACAUCCGCUAUGCGGGUGUCUGCUAUCGCCGGUUAACGCUUUAUCUAGGCCUAAUUUCCGUUUCCCUGUGACAAUCAGGGUUGGGGUCAAUUCCAUUUAAAUUCCAGUCAAUUCAGGAAGUACACUGAAAUUCUAAUUCUUUUCAAUGCUUUUCAAUUAGGAACAUUUGGAAUUGGAAUUUGGUUUAAUUUGAAUUGACUGGGAUUGACCCUGGUGACAAUGGACAAUAAAGAGGUCUUCUAGGCAUUUCACACCUUUAAUUCAUAACAGAACUGGGUUGAUCCACAAACAUCUGAUCUGUAAUGAUGUGAAGACAAAUGAUUAUUCUAUGAAGAGUAUGUAGCUGAAAUAUUGACUGGAGGGACAACAGGCUGAGAGUGCCUGUGUGACAGACUGGGUCAGUGCUUUCUGCCCAAAACAUUUUGGAUGAUUUUAACGCACUAGUCUGAAUUGCUGCAAGGCCAAGUUGACCCUAUGAGUGAGGUUAGUGACAUCCGUUGUGACUGUAGCUAUGUUAAAAUCAAGAGAUAAAAUACUGUACUGUAGAUACAGCAAGCCGUUUCCUUCUUAUUAUUGGUAAAUUAAAUCUAUGGGAAUGUCUAGUUCCUUUGUAAAUUAAAUCUGUUACACUGUCUAGUUCCUUUGUCAAUUAAAUCUGUUACACUGUCUAGUUCCUUUGUCAAUUAAAUCUGUUACACUGUCUAGUGCCUUUGUAAAUUAAAUCUGUUACACUGUCUAGUGCCUUUGUUUAGUUUUUUCCUUGUCACAUUUCCGGUAUAUAGGGACAAUUCAACACAUUCUUAGACACACAAUUGCAAAUGCAAAAAAAAAAAAAAACUUCAGCGUGAGAUACAUAUUUUAUACUAAUCCAGUAAACAAAUAAAUGUAUUCAAAAAUAAUGUUUUUAUAUAGUACAUGUGAUUACAUUUCUUGAAGACAGCAAACUAGCUGAUCUAUCAAAUCACCUCAUAAUUUAAUUUAAUUAAACCACGCUGUAAUCAUAUGUUGCAUUUAUUAUUUCAGUGUAAAAGUCAGCUUCAUUCCUUACAAAGGUUUACAGUUAUGUCUAGCAAUAAUUCCAGAGGAAUACAAUAUGAUUAUUAUAUUGUCAUUAUAAAGAAUGACAAUGGGAGAUAACAGUGCUGAUGUAGUACUUCUAUUCAGGAUUGGGCUCAGUUCCAUUACAAUUCAGCCAAUUUAGGACUGAAACUCCAAUUCCAAACUUCAAUUCCAAUGUUCCUCAAUGCUUUUCAAUGAGGAGAAUUGGAAUUUGGAAUUUCAUUUUACUUCCAGAAUUGACUGAAUUGAAAUGGAACUGAGCCCAACCCUGUACUCUAUUGCAAAACAAAAAGAAAAGGCAGUGAAGUGAAUGGACAGGACUGCUCAGCUAUAUCUGGUCAUCUCUGCAUGCUUGUUCUGUAGAUGUCAGUCACUCACUGUCCCUUCACAUCAGUAGUCAAACUAAACGCAGAAAUAGAAAAACAUGUCCAUUUUUUAAAAAUAAGAUGCACCAAAGAGUUUGUUCAAGAAGGAUGAGUGCAAGAAGAAUGGUUGUUGUUGUUGUAGUGUGAGGCUGUGGUAUGUCCAGUCUAAUGGUGCCUCCCUCCGUAAAAAUAGAAAAGAUAGAUAGCACAUGGUGAGUGUUGGUGAUUGGUUGGUUGGUCAUGUAUACAUUCGCAACAACAAGGCAGAGGUUCCGCCCACUUCCUGUUUGAAGCCCAGCCUACAUUGUCAUCCGUGUUGCUUGGUUCGUUACCUCAUCAGUAACCCUGAAGAGUCCUCACAGUGGUUAACUUGCCUUAGAAACGUGAUCAAUGGAAAACAAAAACAGUAUCUUUAAGAAAAAGCUGGAUCCCACCACUGCCAACAAAUGCCGUAGCAGAUCUCCCUAUGACCUCAAUGGGACUUCUUUAAUGGGGCCUCCACCAAAAUGCCACAGACAGAGUAGCAAUAUCUACCCACCCCUGGCUGUGCAUCUUGGGAUAAGGUUUGCACAGGAGACAACACCCUUACAGAUAAUCACUUGCAGUUUGAUAUGUCUUUGUGUGUCAUUAGCCUGAUCCCAGAUCUGGUUGUGCUCUUUCCAACUCCCAAGCCAUGACAAUUCUAUAAGGAGUUGGCAAGAGGGCAUAAACAGACUGGAAGCCAGGCUAGUGUCGCUGCAACACUGGCUAACUGACAGAGUAUACCACUAUAGUAGGUCUGCCUCAUGACAAGGUGACUUUAAAGGUGGGAAAUGUACCGACAGGUAUCCAAGCAGAGGCUCAGUGGUAGCUAAGGAGGUUGAAAUGACGUUGAAAUAAUGUAAAUAUGGCUGCUUGGUUAAUUUUGGCUGGUCUGGCAUGUCUUGACUGAAGCCAUGGGACUGAGCAGUGGGCGUCAACCCUGGAACCAGCAGGAGCUCUGGAUCUGAGGGUGUCAGCCCUGGAACCAGCAGGAGCUCUGGAUCUGAGGGUGUCAGCCCUGGAACCAGCAGGAGCUCUGGAUCUGAGGGUGUCAGCCCUGGAACCAGCAGGAGCUCUGGAUCUGAGGGUGUCAGCCCUGGAAUCAGCAGGAGCUCUGGAUCUGAGGGUGUCAGCCCUGGAAUCAGCAGGAGCUCUGGAUCUGAGGGUGUCAGUCUGGAAUCAGCUGGAGCUCUAGAUCUGACCUAAGAGGGAAGUGUAUCACAGCAGGUGGCCAAUCAGUAUGGCUGUAGAUGGCUCUGGCUCUUCUCAUUUGCUGGAGGGACAGCGAGACAUUCCAUGGCUCAAUUUGAUAGUGAAACGCCCAGACAGAUUAUUUCACACCCUAACAUCUACAGGCUCCUGAGCUGGAGGGCAUCAAAAGUGUGAAUUAACGUCAAAUCCCAAAUCGCCCCCUACCCCCUAUGCAGUUGUAGAGAUGUAAGAGAAUUGAAAAGGUGUAAGCAAUAUGGUGGAAAUUCUGAGGACAAUAUGUAACCAUUACCUUACUGAUUAUACCUAUCUAAUAGAGGACAAUAUGGAACCAUGACCUUCCUGAUUAUACCUAUCUAAUAGAGGACAAUAUGGAACCAUUACCUUACUGAUUAUACCUAUCUAAUAGAGGACAAUAUGGAACCAUGACCUUACUGAUUAUACCUAUCUAAUAGAGGACAAUAUGGAACCAUGACCUUACUGAUUAUACCUAUCUAAUAGAGGACAAUAUGGAACCAUGACCUUACUGAUUAUACCUAUCUAAUCCUUUCAGAUCUACAUGAACUGCUGAGGUAGUAGGGGCUAGGGUUUAGGGGCUAGGGUUUAGGGACUAGGGUUUAGGGACUAGGGUUUAGGGGCUAGGGUUUAGGGGCUAGGGUCUGUUUGGAAUUGGUCCGUGGAGAUCUACAGUGCACUAAAAGGAGGUAUUUGCCAUUAAGUUGACACCUGAGGGACACCAGGGACAUGGCCACUAGAACUCAGGCAGUCUCUCCUGGUAAGGCUUUCUUCUCCUUUGGAUCUUGAAGGUUGAUGGUAACAUGAUGUUAAAGCCAGUAAGUCCAUCAUCAGUUUGUUAAACUGACAGAAAAUGUAACUGUCAAUCUAUCCUUGUCUUUUGAAAAGCAAAGGCAAGUUCGCAACUCUUCCCAGGCGUGUGCAAAUAAAUGUCUCAGUCCAAUGGAAUGAUUUAGAGGUAUUGCUAAAUGAACAUGAUCAACGUGAGCCCAUGCACCAACUCUGAUCACUUCUAAAAUGGUGGAGGUCAAGUAGGAAAUAAUUGUUUGUUGAUUAUGAAAUGAACAAAUGAACAAACAUUGAUAUCAGUGCUUUUUGCAGUGAAAUGAAAGGGUCUUGAGCAGCCCCAGAUGGACUGAUAGACCAACGGAAAGGUUUCCAGGGAGAAACUAGUGAGAGGGAAAGUGAAAUAGAGGGCUGAUGGCAGAGGUCGACCAUGCAGGUCAUCAUGGCAAUCAAGUGUCCAAGGUGGAAUGUCUAUGUGUGUGUGUGUGUGCGUGUACACUGUAUGUGUGUCAGUAUCUGUCCAUCUGUUCAUUCAUCCAUGCCUCUGUCCAUCUGUUCAUUCAUCCAUGCCUCUGUCCAUCUGUUCAUUCAUCCAUGCCUCUGUCCAUCUGUUUACAAUGUGUGCGUCCGUCCAUCCAGCCAUCCCUCCACAUUUAACGGUGGUCAGUGCGUAAAGGUAGUCGUGGAGGUCCUAGCUCUCCUGCUCCAGUUGAGGCUGGACCCGGGCCCUGACUCCACCUCAGCUGGUUCCUCCCGUUUACUCUGCAGCUUAGCAUGGAGCUGGAUGAAGCACUGGUCCCAGUCCUCUGGAAGUAGCAACAUCAGGAACCCCAGGCAGAUGAUAAACACAGCGAUAAGACGCACUGCGUUGAAGUGGAUCUCACACGUGUAC